AUGUGGAAGCUCUGUGCCUCCAACAAGGCGGACGAAAAUGCUACCAAACCAGCAAAGCAGGAACAGAAAGAAAAAAAAAAAGACGGCCAACUGUGUGUAUCCGUCCGCAGCCCUACCGGUGGCCCGGACUUGCGGACCCAGCGCGUGCGCAAGGGGGGGACUGGGGACUGCGUUCAGCCCGGAGCAAAAGCCCGUCACUGCUUGCUUGCUUCGUCUUUUUCUUUGGCUGUGCGAGAUGCGAACCUGCAGUUCCCUUGCCCGCCAACUCUGUGUGUCACCCAGAAAAAGAUCGAACUCCGCAGCCUGGGUUUGGCACCACUGCUUAGCCAAAACCGUCUUGCUCUCCUUGUCAUCACGGCUCAAACGGUUGUAGUCCUUGCCCUGUUUUCUCUCAGCUGGGACAGGAUCCUGCCAACUCAAAAUGGUUGCAACUCUCCCGAUACAGAGACAGGCCGCGUUCUGACUGCGACGCGCCAUUUCAGCUUUGCCAAGGCACACUGUGUCCUCUCAUAG